ACAGUGUCAUAUUCAUAAGUUCAUAUAUUUUAAUAUUUACAAUUAUUUAAAUAUAUUUAGAAUACAUAUAACCUAAUUUUGUCUCAAGUGCGUAUUAAGUUUGUUGUGUUUAGUUGUUCUAUUGAACAAUACACUGACUGAAGCAAUCUUUUUAAAAAUCUGCUAUCAAAGCACAAGAUUAGUAACUACGUUAAUCGUGUAUGUGAUUUAUACUUUUUCUUUCAAUUAUACAUUAUCAAUAAAUUAAACAAUUAAAAAGAUGACGUCAGAAAAUACAGAAGAUUUUGAUAAUGACAGUGAUUUAGAGGAAAAUAAUGAUACAGAUGAAGCUUAUGGUGUUCGAGAUUGUACACUUUUUUUGAUUGACACAUCUCCUGAAAUGUUUCAUAAAAAUGAAGAUGGAGUACCAUAUUUUGUAUCAUGUUUAGAGGAUUAUAUUUAUAUUUUAAAACAAAAAUUAGUAUGGAACAGACAAGAUUGGAUGGGUUUGGUACUUUUUGGUACAGAACAAUGGGAUAUGAAUCCAGAAAUAAAAAACAUAUUAACUUUACAAAAACUUUCAGUCAUUGAUAUAAACAAAUUAAAAGAAGUUGAAAAAAUACGAGAUUCCAAAUGGAAGGAUUAUGAACAAAUGAGUUCGUCUACUUGUUAUCCACUGCAAGAUGUAUUAUGGCACGCAGCAUUAAAUUUUUCAUCAAUAAAUAUAACAAUGUCAGCACGUAGAGUUAUAUUAUUUACAUGUCAUGAUGUUCCACCAUUGACCAAUGAAGAUGAAAAGCAUCGUAUCAGAGCUAAAGUAUCAACUUAUAAUAAUUUAAAUAUAUUACUUUACGUUGUUGCUUUAGGACUAAAAUGGGACGUUGAAUUAUUUUACAAAGAUCUUGAGAUGUUAUCUAGAAAUCUUAAUAAAGAAGAUUAUCAAAGGACUUCUUAUAAAGAUUUAUUGCAACAAGUUAAACGACCAUCUAGACAUAUGGCAAAGUUACCAUGGAGACUUGGCAAAGAUGUUGUAAUAAAUGUUGAUAUAUCGAAUCUUUGUGUUAAAUCACAAAAUAUAAAAAGCAUAGCAAUGGAUUCAGAAACUAAUGCUCCUUUGGUUUCAUACACGUAUCUUCGAAGAAAGGAAGAUACUGAUGUAGAAAAGGAUGAAGAUGACGAAGAGAAGAUUAUUAUGCCAUUAUUACAUGCAGAUGUGAGAAAAAUGAAAAAAUUGGGCAAUAAAGAAAUAUAUUUUACAUUAGAUGAAGUUAAAAGUUUUGAAAAUAUUUAUGAAAUGGGAAUUGAUUUAAUUGAUGUUGAACCAUUGUCUUGUGAUCCUAUGUAUCACUUACAUGCACCAUAUUUUGUUUCUUGUAAUAAAAAUUGCAGCGAAGGUGAAAAAUUAUUAUUUGCUGGUCUAUUAAAUAAAUGUGAUCAAAGGAAGCUUAAAAUAACAUGUAGAGUAACCAUAAGACAAAAUUCUGGAUCAUAUUUAUACAACAUGAUACCAAUGCCCGAUGAAGGAGGUUUUUAUUUAUACAAAUUACCAUACAAUGAAGAAGUAAAUGAUUUUAGUGAAGAAAUGUAUGAACAUGCGUAUAAUGAUCAAGACAACAAAGUUCCAAUUAAUCAUGAAGCUGUUGAAUUGUUUGAAAAAAUGAUUAAAAAAUCAACUCAAAUUUAUGAUCCGGAAAAGUAUCCAAAUCCAGCAUUGCAAGUCAAAUUACAAAGUAUAGAAACAUUAGCUUUGGAUUUGGAUGUACGAGAUCCACCGGAAGAUCUUACACUUCCUGCGGAAGAUUUGCUUCAAGAAAGGAUUGGCGAUUUAACGAAACAAAUUAAUGAAAUAUUUAUCGACGAGGAAAUCGAAUUUGAACCAGCAAAGAAAAAAUACAAAGAUAAUAAAAAUUCUACUGAUAAAUCAAUCGAUGAUGUAAAUGUUCUUGAAAUUAUCAAAAGAAAUCAGUUGGAUAAAUAUAAAGUAUCAGAUUUACGACAAUUUUUGCGCAAUGUUAAAUUAUCAACAGCUGGACGUAAAUCUGAACUCAUAGAACGACUUACAUCAUAUUAUACAUAAUAAUGUAAAACCAAAAACAAUUUGUUUACAUAUUUUUUAUUGUAUUGUAUUUUUAGCACA